AUGGCUCCCCGAGGCUUCGAGGACGAGGAGCUCACCAUAUCUUUAUCCUCGUCCCACGUUCGCCGCCCCCAACAGACACAGCAGCAGCAACAGCAACAACAAGCUGCUGAAGACGCAGCCCAAGCGCAACCUCCGGUCGGCUCUCGCCCCGCCGAUGCGCCGCUCAAAGAGAGGAUCAAGACGGAACAGCGUAUCGGCGCCUACAAGGUUCUUCGAACCCUGGGAGAAGGCUCCUUUGGAAAGGUCAAGCUUGCCAUUCACAAUGGCACCGGUCAGCAGGUCGCCCUCAAGAUAAUCGCCAGGAAGAAGCUUAUCAGCCGCGAUAUGGCUGGUCGCGUUGAGCGCGAAAUCGAAUACCUUCAACUACUACGCCACCCUCAUAUCAUCAAGCUCUUCACUGUAAUCAAGACACCGAAUGAAAUCAUUAUGGUUCUUGAAUACGCCGGGGGCGAGCUUUUCGACUAUAUCGUUCAGCACGGCCGAAUGAAGGAGCCAGAGGCUCGCCGUUUCUUUCAGCAAAUGCUUUGCGCUGUUGAGUACUGCCAUCGCCACAAGAUUGUUCACCGUGACUUGAAACCCGAAAACUUGCUUCUCGAUGAGAACCUCAAUGUCAAGAUUGCCGAUUUCGGCCUGAGUAAUAUCAUGACGGACGGUAACUUCCUCAAGACAAGUUGUGGCAGUCCAAACUACGCCGCCCCUGAAGUCAUCGGCGGUAAGCUGUAUGCUGGCCCUGAAGUAGAUGUGUGGAGUUGUGGUGUUAUUCUUUAUGUUCUUCUUGUUGGCCGACUCCCUUUUGACGAUGAGCACAUUCCCAGUCUGUUUGCCAAGAUCGCAAAGGGUACAUACAGCAUACCACAGUGGAUGCCCACUGGCGCCGCCAACCUGAUUAAGAAGAUGUUGGUGGUAAAUCCUGUGCACCGUGCUACAAUUGAAGAUAUCCGAGCAGAUCCCUGGUUCACCACCGAGCUUCCCGCCUACCUCCAACUUCCUGUCGAGGAGUUCUUCAACACCGGCGUGGAUCCCAACAAGGCGAUCAAAAAGAACGACAUUGCCCCCAACGCCUCAGAAAAGGUUCAAGAAAGGCUACACAAUGAGGUUACAGAAAAGAUUAGUAAGACCAUGGGUUACGGAAAGAGUGAUGUUGAGGAGGCCUUGCAGGCUGCCGAGCCGUCCGCCAUCAAGGAUGCCUACAUGAUCGUGAGAGAAAACAAGAUGAUGCAAGUGAAUCCACUCCUUGCAGAGCCAGAAGGAUCCAGCCCUAUGCUUAGCAUGUCUUCAGCCCGCUCUACAACUUCUCAGGCCACCACUACCCCUCGACCCUACGUGAGCAAGGUUGGUAUUCUGCCCUCGAGUUUACCAGCCUACCACAAGGACUAUAUGGAGCGAGAGAAGGCCGGCAGUGUCGAGAACUCACCGCCCAAGGUUCUCAUCAACGACGAGCCUCUGGGUAAUAGAACAGACGCAGAGAAAGAAGAGACCAUGCGUCGCCUCCGACCCCAUUCGAGAAGCCAGUUGCGUAUGGACGAAGCCAACAACAGGCCUCAGGGUAUGACACCUAUCAAUCCUCCCAAAAAGACGAAACCAGUACGUUGGCAGUUCGGCAUUCGAUCUCGCAACUCGCCCUGGGAAGCUUUGUUGUGUAUUCAUAAGGCGCUCUACAAAUUGGGAGCCACGUAUACCCCUGACGAGGACUAUGAGACGAGAACCGCAGAAGAGCGAGCUGAAGCUUCUGGCGAAGGCAGUUUCGUGGACUCUCAUGAUGGCCAUCGGGGCUCAAGCUCAAGCAUUGAUCCUAAGAGACGUUACAAUCUUCCUGCCGACCCUUGGCAUAUCAACGUCCGCUGGGAUACCUCCGCUAUCAAGAAAAAGUCGGGCAGUGCCCCAAGCGCUCCAAGCACACCCAGCUCACCAAGUACGCCGGAUGGCCAUCAUACAAAAGAGCCUUUCGUUGCACUGCACCUGGACAUACAGAUCUACGAGAUGGAGUCUGGCGUUUACCUGGUCGACUUCAAGUGUUCCGGUUACGAGACAGCUCAAGGCCGGUUACUUGAGGAGAAGGACGUUACUAGCCCCUUCCCCUUCUUGGACAUGGCAGCCAAGUUGAUCAUGCAACUUGCUGAGGCCGAUUAA